ACGCUGUAUUAUGAAUUAUCCCCACGUAUAUACACACACACACAUGGGAGGAGAGGUUUUUUGUACUAGGCUUUGAGGUUUAAGUUUGUUUUUAAAUAUAUACAUAUAUAUUUGUAUGGAUUUAUAUUCGCUGCAUGAAGAGAUGCGCAUAUUAAAGCUCAUAGUGUUAGUAAUGUUGGAUAUUAUUGAUGGACAAUUUGGUACUAUAGCAUGAAAUUAGAACUGGAACCUAACAAUGUUUAUUUUAAUAUCGCAAAGUGAGAUCUAUUUGGAGAAUUUUAUGGAUAGAAUUUAUCUGUCCGUGAAUUAUAGAGGUGAAUUUAGCUGUGAAGUGAAUUUGAGGCGAAGUUUGGGCCAUUGGGUACUAGUAAGUUGACCCAGGCCAUGUAUUGGAUUUUGAGGCUUGUAUUAGUUGUUUUUAAAUCAUUAUCUAGCUUGUCUGCAGACUAACUGCUUAAUGCGAGUGUUGUGGACAUUAGAGAUUGUACAGAAUGUUUGACUUAUUUAUAACCAUAUAUCUCUGUUGUCAUAUCUGCAUGCACUGUCGACAAAGGAAGCUUAUACGUAUCUUUUUGAACAAGAGGAACACGAGUUGGAGAUUGCUGCCUAACUUGCAACCCUGCACCAGCCACUUACAGUGAUGUAUUUAAAUCAAUAUUUGGUUAUAUUGACCAUCUAUUUUCACUGGUUCGGCCAAGAAAGCUUCUUUAUAUGGCAAUUGAUGGGGUUGCUCCAAGAGCGAAAAUGAAUCAGCAACGCUCCCGGCGGUUCAGAGCUGCAAAAGAAGCGGCUGAAGCUGAAGCUGAGGAGGAAAGAUUGAGGGAGCAGUUUGAAGCUGAGGGAAGGAUUCUGACUUUUAACGAAAAGAAUGAAACAUCUGAUUCGAAUGUUAUAACUCCUGGCACACAGUUCAUGGCUGUGCUCUCAAUGGCACUUCAGUAUUAUGUGCAGUCUAGGUUGAACCACAAUCCUGGUUGGCAGGGCACAAAGGUUAUUCUUUCCGAUUCAAAUGUUCCUGGUGAGGGUGAACACAAGAUCAUGCAUUACAUCCGACAACAACGGAACCUUCCUGGUUUUAAUCUGAAUACGAGGCACUGUAUCUAUGGACUGGAUGCUGACCUGAUCAUGCUGUCGUUAGCUACACAUGAAAUUCACUUCUCACUAUUAAGAGAGGUGAUCACUCUGCCUGGGCAGCACGAGAAAUGUUUCCUUUGUGGUGAAGUGGGUCAUUUUGCUGCUGAGUGCAAUGGUAGUCCAAAUGACCAAGAUAAAGAUGUUAAUGGUAAGGUCAUCGAAAACACACCAAUUCACAAGAAGAAAUAUCAGUUCCUCAACCUCUGGGUGUUACGUGAAUAUUUACGAUAUGAUAUGGAAAUUCCCAACCCUCCAUUUGAGAUCAACUUUGAGCGAUUGGUGGAUGAUUUCGUGUUUCUAUGUUUUUUUGUCGGCAAUGAUUUUCUUCCUCAUAUGCCAACACUAGAAAUUCGCGAGGGUGCUAUUAAUCUGCUGAUGUACAUAUAUAGAAAGGAGUUUGCUGCUAUGGGAGGUUAUCUUACAGAUGCGGGUGAGGUUUUGGUAGACAGGGUGGAACAUUUUAUCCAGUCAGUUGCAGUAUUUGAGGACCAAAUCUUUCAGAAGCGGGCUCGUCUACAGCAGGUUAUUGAAAAUAAUGAUGAAAUGAAGCUUAAACUGCGAAGAGAGGUUUCUGUUGCAGUUGAAGAUAAGGUCUGCCUUUUCCCUUGGAGUUAUUGGAAGAUCUUAAAAGUGAAAUUGGGUGAGCCUGGAUAUAAAGAAAGGUAUUAUGCUGAGAAGUUUGAGGUCUUGGACCCAGAAAAGAUUGAUGAAGUUAGAAAAGAUAUAGUUCUGAGGUAUGCUGAAGGUUUAUGCUGGGUCUGCCGGUAUUACUACCAGGGUGUCUGCUCGUGGCAAUGGUUUUAUCCCUACCAUUAUGCGCCAUUUGCAUCUGAUCUAAAAGGCUUAGCUGAUUUGGAAAUAACAUUUUUCCCGGGAGAGGCUUUUAAGCCCUUUGAUCAGCUCAUGGGAACCCUGCCAGCUGCAAGUUCCAGUGCUCUGCCUGAAGAGUACAGGAGACUGAUGACUGAUCCUGCAUCGCCCAUCUCUGAAUUCUAUCCUUCUGAUUUUGAGAUUGACAUGAAUGGUAAGCGCAAUGCAUGGCAGGGUGUGGUCAAAUUACCAUUCAUUGAUGAGAAGAAGUUGCUUGCUGAAACAAAGAAACUUGAGGACACUUUAACAGAGGAAGAACAAUUCCGGAAUAGUGUAAUGUUUGAUUUGCUAUAUGUACAUCAAUCUCAUCCUUUGGCUGCCCAAAUUAUUUCAUAUUAUCAAUUGUUUGAUCAAUUACCAGAUAAUCAACUAUCACCUUGGCCAAUUGACACAAAUACUAGCCAAGGAAUGAAUGGAUAUGUUUGGUUAUGUGAGAGAAACGGGUGCAGGAAUGUGGUCCCUUCUCCUGUCAAUGGAUUGGAAGAUCUUGAGAACAACCAAUCUUUAAAUGUUACUUAUUUGAAUCCUCCACCUCAUAAGCACAUCACAGAACCUCCAAAAGGCAUAUGCAUGCCUGAAAGGGUUUUAACCCCUUUGGACAUAAAACCGUUCCCUCAGUUAUGGCAUGAAGAUAAUGGUUGCCGCCUCCAGCAAAUCAGAGAAAGGCCACCUAUUCCUGGGGCACUAUCUGAUCCUCAGUUAAGAGAAGCGGCCCAUAAUCUGAUAAGAAACAUGCUUCUGAGACCAAAUUGGAGCUACUCCGGAUCAUUUGGACAAACUCCACAUAGGAAUUCCCCAGUCAGACCUCUAAUUAAUAGGUUCAUGGCAGCUGGACCAUCUGGGCAUAGCGGUGGCUUGAUUAAUCUUCCAAGCCCCUAUUAUGGAAACUAUUACACACCCCAAUCCAUAACAAGUACUCCUAGUUUUGCGCCCCAUCGCCAUGAAUUUCAUGGCACUUGGACCCAAGACUUUCAUGAAGAACAGCACCAAAACCUAAGGUCUAGAAUGUCUGCGCUGAGAAUUGAAGAAGUCGCACCCAGACCACAUGCAUCUUCGUUUCCAAGGAUGCCAACUUCAGGUCAUUAUAAUCACAAUAUCAGGAACAAUUUUUUGCAGACCAUGGGCACGCUUCCUUCCAGACCUCGAAUGUGGAUCUCUAGACCACAGGCUGUAAAUACCGGAUUGUAUUACAAUCAGCAACAGACUUCGUCAUCAUCAUCAACUGCAAUACAUGAGGACCAGGUGAAUCAAGCUUAUCAGUUCAGGAGUCGAGGAUCCCCAGGAUCUGGGCAAUCCUCAACAUGAGAAUACCAUUCCUGAUCUUCUUGUUGUACAUUGUUCAUGUUCAUAGUUUUGAGUGGCCUGGCCUCCAUAUCCAGUCAUCUACCUCCGAGAAUGUUUCACCAAAUGUCAAGAAUUGUGCAGAAAAUAGUGAUGCGAGAAUUUACCAUAGCUGUAACUUUCCCUCAUCCAAGUGUCCCGGUUUUGUAACUUCUGUUGGGUUGUGGAAGAGGUAUUGUAAAGAAGUAUUAACUGUUGGCUUACGUUUAGUUCUUCGACUUGAGUAGUUUCACAAUUGUAGACUAGCUUCUAGUAGGAAAACAUUAGGAAAAAGGGUGAAUAUAAAGUUUAGUUUUACAAUGUUUUGA